AUGCAGCACAGCGGGGUCCCCAUCCAGCCUUCUCCGUUCUCCGCUCCUCCUACUUUCCUACCCGGCGUCACCCGGGAGGGCCGGAGGGGGCCAAAUUUGGGCGGCGGCGCCGGGCGCAGCGCAGGGGUCACGGCGACGGCGACGGCUGACGGCUGGAAGGGCAGGCUUCCUUCGCCCCUCGACCUCCUUCCCCGGUCCGCUCGGUGUCAGGCGCGGCGGCGGCGGCGGCGGCGGCGCGGCGGGCGGACUCCGUCCCUCCUCCCGCUCCCUCCUGCACCGGAGCGGGCACUCCUUCCUUCGCCGUCCCCCGACCCUUCACCCCGGGGACUGGGCGCCUCCACCGGCGCAGCUCAGGGAGCGGGGGCCGGUCUCCUGCUCGGCUGUCGCGCCUCCAUGUCGGAUAACCAGAGCUGGAACUCGUCGGGCUCGGAGGAGGAUCCGGAGACGGAGUCCGGGCCGCCGGUGGAGCGCUGCGGAGUCCUCAGCAAGUGGACAAACUAUAUUCAUGGGUGGCAGGAUCGCUGGGUAGUUUUGAAAAAUAAUACUCUGAGUUACUACAAAUCUGAAGAUGAGACAGAGUAUGGCUGCCGGGGAUCCAUCUGUCUUAGCAAGGCUGUCAUCACGCCUCAUGAUUUUGAUGAAUGCCGAUUUGAUAUUAGUGUAAAUGAUAGCGUUUGGUAUCUUCGUGCUCAAGAUCCAGAUCACAGACAGCAGUGGAUAGACGCCAUUGAGCAGCACAAGACUGAAUCUGGAUAUGGAUCUGAAUCCAGCUUGCGUCGGCAUGGCUCAAUGGUGUCAUUGGUAUCCGGAGCAAGUGGCUAUUCUGCGACAUCCACCUCCUCGUUCAAGAAGGGCCACAGUUUACGUGAGAAACUGGCUGAAAUGGAAACGUUUAGAGAUAUACUGUGUAGACAAGUUGAUACUCUACAGAAGUUCUUUGAUGCCUGUGCUGAUGCUGUCUCCAAGGAUGAAUUUCAAAGGGAUAAAGUGGUAGAAGAUGAUGAAGAUGACUUUCCUACGACACGUUCUGAUGGAGACUUCUUGCAUAAUACCAAUGGCAAUAAAGAAAAGGUAUUUCCACAUGUAACACCAAAAGGAAUUAAUGGUAUAGACUUUAAAGGUGAGGCGAUAACUUUUAAAGCAACUACUGCCGGAAUCCUUGCUACACUUUCUCAUUGUAUUGAGCUAAUGGUAAAACGUGAGGACAGCUGGCAAAAGAGAAUGGACAAGGAAACUGAGAAGAGAAGAAGAGUGGAGGAAGCAUACAAAAAUGCCAUGACAGAACUUAAGAAAAAAUCCCACUUUGGAGGACCAGAUUAUGAGGAAGGCCCAAACAGUUUGAUUAAUGAAGAGGAGUUCUUUGAUGCUGUUGAAGCUGCUCUUGACAGACAAGAUAAAAUAGAAGAACAGUCGCAGAGUGAAAAGGUCAGAUUACAUUGGUCUACUUCAAUGACAUCUGGAGAUGCCUUUUCUUCUGUGGGGACUCAUAGAUUUGUCCAAAAGCCCUAUAGUCGCCCUUCCUCCAUGUCUUCCAUUGAUCUAGUCAGUGCCUCUGACGAUGUUCACAGAUUCAGCUCCCAGGUUGAAGAGAUGGUGCAGAACCAUAUGACCUAUUCAUUGCAGGAUGUAGGUGGGGAUGCCAACUGGCAGUUGGUUGUAGAAGAAGGGGAGAUGAAGGUAUAUAGAAGAGAAGUAGAAGAAAAUGGGAUUGUUCUGGAUCCUUUGAAAGCUACCCAUGCAGUUAAAGGCGUUACAGGACACGAGGUCUGCAAUUACUUCUGGAAUGUUGAUGUUCGCAAUGAUUGGGAAACAACUAUAGAAAACUUUCAUGUGGUGGAAACAUUAGCUGAUAAUGCAAUCAUCAUUUAUCAAACGCACAAGAGAGUGUGGCCAGCUUCUCAGCGGGAUGUCUUAUAUCUUUCUGCCAUUCGAAAGAUAUCAGCUUUGAAUGAAAAUGACCCGGAGACUUGGAUAGUUUGUAAUUUUUCUGUAGAUCACAGCAGUGCUCCUCUAAACAAUCGGUGUGUCCGUGCCAAAAUAAACAUUGCUAUGAUUUGUCAGACCUUGGUGAGCCCCCCUGAGGGAAACCAGGAGAUUAGCAGGGACAACAUUCUAUGCAAGAUUACAUAUGUGGCCAAUGUAAACCCUGGAGGAUGGGCACCAGCCUCAGUGUUAAGGGCAGUGGCAAAGCGAGAAUAUCCAAAGUUUCUAAAGCGUUUUACUUCUUACGUACAAGAAAAAACUGCAGGAAAACCUAUUUUGUUCUAGUAUUAACAGUGACUGAAGCAAGGCUGUGUGACAUUCCAUGUUGGAGGAAAAAAGUUAAAAAACAAAAUUGAAUGCUCUAAGCUGGAACAUAGGAUCUAUAGCCUUGUAUGUGGCCCAACACCUUGGCCUUGUGUUCAAAAAUGAAGAAAUACCGCAAUAGCAAAGCUGAACAUCUUAACACUAGCUGUCUUCCGCUAGAUCUCCUUGCUCAGCAUAUAACUAUACAUACAUGUAAAAUUACAUGUAUAUGGCUAUAUUUUUAUUUGCUUGCUCCUAAAAGAGAAAAAAAAAUCAACUUUGAAUCACAACUAGGAAUUGAUGCUUUAAUUUUUGGAAACUUUUUCAGAAUUUUUAAUUUACUGUGGUUCGGCCUGAGACCCUCAGUUGUGUCAGGCUCCGUGCGCAGAGGAAAAGCACACAAGUUGGACGCACGUGGGGCACGUGCUUUCUGUGCGCCAGGUGCCUGGAUGGGGUUCUUUUUUUUAGGCCCACAGUCAAGUCUGUGUCUGGAAUUUUUUGACUUUUUUGCUUUGUAUAAUCAUAGAAUUCGUUGCUGCUGAUUUCUAUAAUAAUUCAUGUUGUUAUGUACAGUGUCUCUUAAUAACUGAGGGCUGUCAAUAACGUGUGAUUUCACCUUUUCUAUAGUCUUACUCCCAUGAAGAACCUUGGUUCUGAUGGAGAAAGAGUGAAAAGCUUUAUUUUUUUCUCCAGAUAUCUUUAUAUUUCUAUUGUAUUUUUAGUUGUGUACUGUGUGCUACAGGUUUUUUUCAGUUUAUUACAAACACAAUUUGGUAAUUCCUGAAUUGGUUCUGUCUGCCUCCAAACAGAAACACCUGUACAACCUUACUAGGUAUAAACUACUUGCUGGUAAAACGGUCAGAAUAAAAUGAGCUCAUGUUUUCCUGACACACGUGAGAGGGCAUACGGUAUUGUUCCAGCAAAUCUCGCUGUUUGACGUUUGAUCCAGUAUUUCUAGUAUUCAGUAACGUAUGUUUGUUCAUUCUAAUUUGGGUUGGUUUAAAAGCUAUGUUACAAGAUAGGCAUAGAAAAUGUGGGUAUCACUCCUGUUUGCCUCUUGAUCAGAAACUUUAGCAGGGCAGAAAAGAAGUCAGUGUGAUUCGAACUGAAAUUCUUCCUUUAGUUGCUGUAAGAAGUUAAAUGUAAAAUACCUUUUUUAGUUUUAGGCCCCCCUCUUUGAAAACCUUGACACAUGGAGUUGAGGCAGGGAAUGGAACUCAUUGAAGUAGAAAUGACUGCCCACUUCAGAGUCUUCAUUUUGUUUAUACACAAGUGUGCUUACAUAAAUCAGAAGCAUUUUGUAGAUGCUCUGCUCACUUGUUCAUCUCUAUAGAAACACAGAAACCAGACCCAUUUUGUAAAGCAGAAAGUCAUGUCAUGUGGAACAUGUCCUGUAUAUAUUUCAUACAUGGUAAUGGAGUCUUAAUGAUAAAUGCAAGGUGAUAACUUAAUGAUGGGAUUAGUCUGAUCACUUAAUAUACACAAUCCUGGAAGUUAAUUACUUGCAUCAGAUAUAGUGGUAUUUAUUAUUCUGUACAGAGAGAAAAAUACAUAUAAAGCAUAUGCUCACAUUACAUGCACGCAGAUUUCAUGCUCCAUAAAUCUUUUCUAUUUUUUAAUUUACCUUUCUCUAAAUGAUGUGCAUGGAAUAUGCCUUAUUACAGAAAAAAGCCGUUCAUAAUUUGACUACGUGGAGAAGUGCCUAUAUGGUGGUAAUGCUAGUUAAGGCAAA